CAGGGUAUAGUCAUGGGGAGCAGAAAUGCAAUGGACGAUUAUUUAUCGUCUCUGCAAUUAUUUCGCAAAACGACAGCCAAAGAUGGUUCCUGUCUCUUUCGAGCUGUUUCCGAACAGUUGUUUGAUACACAGACGUGCCAUGCUAGUGUUAGACUUGCCUGCAUCUCUUAUAUGGAGAGACACCGAGAGAAAUUCGAACCUUUCAUCGAGGGCCCAUUUGAGUGGCAUAUAACAGCACUGAAGAACCCAAAGACCUGGGCCGGGCAAGUGGAGCUAAAAGCACUUUCGUGCUUGUACAAACGAGAUUUCCUAGUAUACAAGGAAAUUGGCCAACCACCUAUCAAUGCCACAGGAAAUGGAUUUGAAAAUAAGAUUUUUCUCUGCCACAGUGGAAAUCAUUAUGAUAGUGUGUGCCCAAAAUCCAAUAUUGAAAGUGCUGCAUUUUGUCAAGCAAUAGUGUACGAAAUUCUGUACAAAGGUGUGUUUGAGCUCGGGCCAGAAGUUGGCAUUGCCGUGGACAUGGUGCGAAACAAGGGCACGAGUGCACGGUGCAGGCGGGAGAGCACAGCCAGCGUGGACAGCACAUGUGACAGGACAGACAGCCCAUCACCUGAGCCACCCAGCAACACCGAUUCCAGUGAGCUUGAGUCGUCUACUGAAGUUAAGGACCGGGGUGCCAUGGCACGAAAGGAAGCUGAGAUGCGAAAGGCAGCCAUGCUGCAUGGACCUCCUCUCCCUUACAAGGUCGCAAAGUCACUUGACCCGGACCACUACAGGAAUGUAGAGUUUGAUGUUUGGCUAGAAUCUGUUCGAGAGCAGGAGAGACAAUUUGAGUUGCAGAUGAUGACGAGUGAGUAUCUACCUGGGGACAAAGUCUUGGUGCACAUGGAUGGGAAGACAUAUCAUGCUCACGUGCAGGAGAUGUCUCAGGACAAGGGUCCCGUGUCUGUUUUCAUCGAAGAGACUGGACGCAAGUGUGAGGUAGCAUACGAGCAGUUGGAACAGUGUCCAUUCAACACCCGCCCAGUGCCUCAUUGGAGGGGACGAGGUUUCAGAGGACUUGCAGCUUUUCCACCAUUGAGCAGGUUUGCCGGCCGUGGAAGGAAGAAGUUCUUUAAAAAGAAGUAUAGAUUACAGGAAUCUUAUCCAAUGCCGUUUAGCCAGUUGCACCCACCACUCACAAGCCAUCGCUACCAGCAGCAUGGCUUAGACAUGCGGCCGGUUUACAGAAAUGGAUUUCACCAGAGAGGCAUGCCGAAUAACAGGUGGAUGGGCAACAGGUACAUGAAACCGCAUUGGUAUUCCUCACCUGAUCCUGAAUCGAGGCAAUUUCACUACAGUCGUCAACGGCGACACAGUGCGCCCUCUACUUGUCUUGAUGUGAACAAUCACUCGCCUCCCUCAACGAGCAAAUCGGAUGGUGAAUCUACUGAGAAAACUCUGAGGGACAUCCUGGGUCGCGCCGAACAGUCGCCAGAGAGGCCAGCUGCGUCGGGAAAUUGUGAGCAUUCUGCUCCACAGCCCGUGCCUGGUCAGUGCACCACAUCUGAGGCCACGGGGAAUACCAGCCAGGUUUGCCCGAACAAUGGAGGGAGCAGCGCUCCUACUUGCGCCAGUGCCAUGGCCAUGCCAACGGCCUCUCCGCUGCCGCAGCCCGUCACCUACAUUCCAUACGUGCCUGCAUACGUGCCUUACCUGGUUGUACCUGGUGUUGAUGUUUCGACAGUCAACUAUAACAUUGGUCCGUCCAAGGAUCCUGCAGGAAGUGAUCUGCCACUUUCUGAUUUUGGAACACUCCGAUUCUUCUACAAUCUGGGAUUUGAAUACUUCAGGGUGUCUUCGAUGAUGCAGCAGCAGCAGCAACAGCAGCAGCAGUCUGCAAUAGUGAUGCCUCCCCCACAGCAGGGCAUGACGUAUAUGUACCCUGCCACGCCUGCGAUGGGUGUAACAGAGGACAGUAGCAGCCCCGAUGAACAUGGAAGCAGAAAUGAGGGAAGCCCAAAUGGGUACAAACAGCAGGACCUGCUGGUGGGCAGCCUUGACAUGAGCGGCAGCACCCAGGAUGCCUGCAGCAGCGGAGACGCGACGAAACCCGUCUACGUUCAGUACCUCAACAACAACUACCUCUACUACACGCCAGAGGGCAUUGCCGUCGUCACCCCGCAGCAGCAGCAGCAGCAGCAGCAGCAGCCGGAACCCGGCGGCUACGCGAUGACGGAGCCGUACGUGAACACCGGCGACACCUACGUUGCCGACAUGGAGAAGCUGAGUCUCGGCGACGUGCCACGAGAGGGCGCUGGCGAGCAGGAUCCCGCGCAGCACGUCUACCAGCAGAAGAGCUAUCAGGACCGUGCGUACCCGUGUGACGAGCGUACGGCGGAUGGCGGCGUCGCGGGACGGCGCACCUAUGACAAGGUCGGCCCGCGGUUCCGUAAGUACAACCGCGGUCGCGGCGGCAGCCGCUGCGCAGCGCGCACCACCGACCGCUACGACGACUUCCAGGAGGCACCGGCGGUCGGAGGCGGGUACGGUGGCGCCGUGCUAGGCGCGUCGACACACUAUCAGCCGUCCAGCGGCAACUUCUACGGCAGCCAGCCGGGCAACAACACGACGACGGUGUAUUCGAACGUGCCUGCCGCGCCGUACCCGUCCACCGGCAUGAUGCUUAGCUCGACGCCGCCCUCCUCGCAUCCCGCGCAGGGACACUUCCCGCCCGGAUGCGGGUACUACCCGGUCACGCCGCCAAGUCCCAAUAAUCCGGCUCCCAACUUCUAUUACAAUCCGCAGUAUCCGUCGACGGCGUGCAACGGAAUGAGCGGUUACGCGCUGCCGCCGCCGGUGUGCCCCCCCACGAUGCAGCCGAUGGUGUAGCACGAUCUACGUCUGUCGCUCGCCCCCCCUUUUUUGGGUUUGUUGAUUUAGCCUGUUUUAUGCUCGUUUUACAUUUUGUCAUAUUUGACACCUUCAGAUAUUGGCUCAAAUUUUAUCACGAGUGUUUUACUGCGAUCAGAAUCCAAUGGUUGUCCACGCGAAGUUUUAGGUGUAUAUUGUGGUACAACACGUAAAAGAACAAGGCAAUUGAAUACCGGCGAUAUUACCAGAGGAAGAACUGGUUUGAUUGCUUAGCCGUUCGUAUCACACAGGCGCAAUUAAAGAUAACUAUGGACACAGACACGGGCACUAAUUUCUAAACAAGGAUAUUUUGCAGUGCGUGCAAAAUGAUAUUCUUGAGUGUGUAUGCACUACUAUAGUAUACUAUACUAUAGUGUAUUUGCAGUCUUUGUGGUGAUAAAAGUAGGAUUUCAAAAUUCAUAGAUCCAAUGAUUUUUGGGGAUGUUCAAUAUAUGGGAUUUCUAUAUAUUUGCUAAAGCAAUAACCAAUGGCAGGUUGACCUGAAAUUAUCGGCCUAAAACUAUAGUAACUUAGUCUAGGAAUUCGCAUCUUCAAUAAUAGUCCUUAUUGAAAAAUAUUCUCAGGUAAUAUCAAAUGUCAUAUUAGUUGUGUGUUUAUAAACAGAGAAAUACAUAUUGUUAGUAUUAGAGACUAUAUUUAGUGGAUUUUUCACAUCCAUUUGGCUAAUAUACUAUAAGCUGAAAAGUGUAAGUGUUAUAUACUAGUAUAGCAAUAACGUUUUCAUAAUUUGAAAGUAUUUAAUAUACUUAAAUACUUACGUCUAGCUUAAAUUUUGAAUAAAUUAUUAAUACAUAAUCAUGGUGUGAAUAUUCGUGCAGUAUUGAUAUUCAAUUCACGUAUUUGUAAAUGUCCGUUUAAGCCCAUUUGGAAAGAAGACCCUUUCUAUGAAUGCUUUAGUAACAUACUGAGUAGACUCAGAAUGGAUACUAGUGUGAAGGAAGAAAAGAGUGGUGUUCUCAGCCUUGUUUUUGAUGUAGAGUAAUCGUUGACCGUUAUAGUUUGUUAUUCUUUUUUAUAUAUUUCUAUUAUUUGUUAUGUUAAUGGUUGCAUAGGUUGAUAAUUAAGUAAUUAAGGGAAGAAUUUAACAUGCAUUUACCAGUUAGUUACAGUUAGGUUGCAUUUAAAUUAUGUUAUGUAAAAACAUUAUUUAUUUAUUUGAAAAGUUGUCACCUUUGUUGGUGGAGUUUAUUAUACAUUAUGGUAAUAAUUCAUGACAAUGAAAAAAUGUACUUUUGCUAUAGAAGCUCCCACUCUACGAGAUGUCAUCACUACAGGAGGCUUUACAAGUACUAGAGCCACAAACAAUGAUAAUUCUUUUUAUUGGAUACUUAACUACCAAAAUUUGUAUGUAGUGUAGUUGAAACUUAAUUUAACUGUAAUUAAUUCUUGAACAUACAUUACAUUCCUUCACCUUAUUAUAUCUGUGUGCAAAGACUAUGGCUAGAAUCUUCUCCGAGUAUUCGGCUAUUAUUGUUUAGCUGUUUUUUAGGUUUUCCCCCCAUUUACUGUUAGGAGAUAUUGAAUGUUGGAAGGACCUUCUGGUGGUCAAUUCACAUUGUUUUUGUGUGGUAAGUUUUGGAGCUCUGCAGUUGUCUGCAAGUUAUCCAUAAAUGUUUAGUAUAACUGUCAUUUUCACUAGAAAGUUACUAGGCCCCUUAUCUAAUAUUUUAUUGAGGUUUUGUUCCAUUGUGAGUUAUAGUGUUUCAUUGCGAUCAUGGGAUCAAAGAAUUUAGUUGGUUUACCAUUAAUAUUUGCUAAAAACCAUUCCACACGAUAUCUAUCCCUGCUCAUGUAUCACGUUGUACCAUCUAAAUGUACGUAAGUUAAGUUUACGCAGUUGUGUUAGACUAAAAAUUGAUCUCAAAACAUCGCAGGUACGUGCUAUACAGUAGUCGUCAGCUUUACCUACACGUUUAAUUUAUGUUUAAGGCAAGUGGGACCUUGCUUGAUCUUAAAAGUGUUUUAAAGACAUGGUCUAACCCAACAUGUAAAUGGUGUCUGAAUAUGAUUAGUUUAGUUUAAGUCACUAUUAGAAAGCGAUACAUUACCGGGUGUAAAGUAUGCUGGCGAACACUGUAUAAGAAAACCUAUUGUUUCGAAUUUAUUACACUAAUAUUUGGGGUUUAAUAAUAAAUAAUAAAAUAUAUUUGUGCAACUGUU